AUUAAAGAGAUGGAGCUGUUAGGAUGGUGGUUACUGCUAGUGGGUACACUUCGGCUUGCAUCGGUAUGGUUUGGCUUCGUCGACAUUUGGGCUCUUCGUCUCGCUGUUUUCUCCAAAACUACCAUGACAGAAGUUCAUGGGAGGACAUUUGGAGUGUGGACUCUGCUAACCUGCACUCUUUGCUAUCUUUGUGCAUUUAACCUUCAUGACAGACCUUUGUAUUUGGCAACCAUUUUAUCAUUUGUCUAUGCCUUCGGUCAUUUCUUGACAGAGUUCUUGAUCUAUCAGACAAUGGCAAUAAAAAAUCUGGUUACUGUCGGUAUAUUUGCAGGCACAUCUAUAGUUUGGAUGUUGUUGCAGUGGAAUGCACACCAACAGGUCAAAACUAAGAGUCCAUAGAACCGAAUCAACAGCAGUGGCUUGAAGCAGAUUUAUCGGAUAUUACUCCUUUCAACUUAUGCCUUUGCUGCUGCAAUUUGAGGCCUCAGAGUUUUAGUUGGGGAAGCAUGCUUUCAUGGUUUAUUGUAAUGUCUCAAUGCUAAUUUUUCUUCUGAUUGGCUUUUGUAACAAUGCGAAGGAUUAUCUAUCUUUCAAACUUUCUUAUUGGAAUUUUUAGACUACUUUCUC